UAGUCAACACCAAAGCUCACCGCGCGGCCGGGAAGCUUCACCACCAGUAGCAACCACCGCGCGCUUCCAUACCCUAGUCGCCCCAAUGGGCGUCGCCGGCGGCGAUGGCAGCACCAAGCCCUCCGCGGCCGCCAUGGACGUCGAGUCCUCGACGGCGGUCGUGGCGCAGCCGACCUCAGUGCUGAGGUCCGUGCUGCUGUCCUACGCGUACGUGGCCGUGUGGAUCAGCCUCAGCUUCACGGUGAUCGUGUACAACAAGUACAUCCUCGACCCCAAGAUGUACGACUGGCCCUUCCCCAUCUCGCUCACCAUGAUCCACAUGGCCUUCUGCGCCUCCCUCGCCGCCGCGCUCGUCCGCGUCUUCCGCUUCGUCGACCUCCCCGCCGACCCGCCCAUGACGCCCUCGCUCUACGUCGCCACCGUCGUCCCCAUCGGCGCGCUCUACGCGCUCUCCCUCUGGUUCUCCAACUCCGCCUACAUCUACCUCUCCGUCUCCUUCAUCCAGAUGCUCAAGGCGCUCAUGCCCGUCGCCGUCUACUCCCUCGCCAUCGCCUUCCGCACCGAGACCUUCCGCAGGGCCUCCAUGCUCAACAUGCUCGGCAUCUCCGCGGGGGUCGCCGUGGCGGCCUUCGGGGAGGCGCGCUUCGACGUCUUCGGCGUCACGCUCCAGCUCGCCGCCGUCGCCGCCGAGGCCACGCGCCUCGUGCUCAUCCAGAUACUGCUCACCUCCAGGGGCAUCAAGCUCAACCCCAUCACCUCGCUCUACUACAUCGCCCCCUGCUGCCUUCUCUUCCUCACCGUGCCGUGGACGUUCGUCGAGCUGCCGAGGCUGCAGGCGGCGGCCGCGGCCGGGAUCGUCCGGCCAGACGUGUUCGUUUUCGGGACCAAUUCGCUGUGCGCCUUCGCGCUGAACCUGGCGGUGUUCCUGCUGGUGGGGAAGACGUCGGCGCUGACCAUGAACGUGGCAGGGGUGGUCAAGGACUGGCUGCUCAUCGCCUUCUCAUGGUCGGUCAUCCAGGACACCGUGACACCGGUGAACCUCGCCGGCUACGCCAUUGCCUUCCUUGGCGUCGCCUACUACAACCACGCCAAGUUGCAGGCGCUAAAGGCAAAGGAGGCCGAGAGGAAGCAGGAUGCCGAGGCCGGUGCGCGACUUCUGACGCCGGAGAAGGAGGCAAAUGCGCGCAAGAACUGAAGCCUCCCCUCGCAUGAGUAUCAUACACAUGGAUUGGACCCUCCAAAAGCAAAGGCAACACAUGGAUUGAAAGAGUUCAUUAUUUGUGCUAGUUCAUAUAAAUUUUUCAGCCGUAGGAUGUCCGAACUACUGAGUUAGUUCAAGUUCAAUUGCAUGCUUACAAUUAUACUUACAGGAAAUGUAACUGAUUGGCAUUUGUUUUAAGCCUAUAAUUCUACCCCAUUUUUAAAUAGCCCGCU